UCAAACUGACGUUUAAAACUUUAAACGUUCAUUUCACAAACAUUUCGCAGACAUGAAUGCGUUUAAAGAUAUUUCAAUAAUAAAAAAGCGUUCCCGGCGUGAAAACAUAACUCCCCACAGGUUAUCAGUAGCAAUGUUAGUGUACGAAUUCUCAAAAUUUCGGGAAUCGACGGAUUUUUUCUCAAUGGAAGAACCUUUAAGGAGAAGUUUGUUAAGAACUUACUGUAUUGUGAUACAAAAGUUGGUACAAGGCCCCGAUAUAUCUUUAGACGACUUCUUAAACACUCUACGUAAUGUGGACCAUAUAGCAAAUAAACGUAUUGUAGACAUGGUUGUUUCAAACAUUAAUUGUAUGAUUAAUAUUGGUAUGAGAUGGUUGUUGGAUGUUUUGGAUAACAUGGGUAGAUUACCCCCUUUUGAGGAUGUUAAUAUUCAAGGGAUAAUUACACAUAUAAGAAAUAGUAUUUUGGGCUACUUCUUAAGAACUUUUAUUAUUUAUUUUGAUCAACUAUCAUUUUCUGAAGCUAGUCUUAUAUUAGAUAUGUAUAUAGCUUAUGUAAAUAAGUCUAGUUUAUCACAAAAUAGAAAACCAAUCAUAGAAAAAAUUAUUGCGUUGGGUAAUGAUUGGUAUAAUAACAAAAAUCAAUGGUCAAGAAGACAAGCUGAUUUGUUUAUUUCAACACAAGCUGGUUUAUUAGCACAUGACCAAACGAGAGCUUUGAAUCCAGUGGAAUUACAUAAACAACUUAGAUCUUUAUUGGAAACAAAUCCAGAUAUAUCUGAAGCUUACUUUUUAAGUUAUUUAAAUUGUUUACGAAUUAAAGAAUUUUCUGGUGCCUUAGAUAGUUUACAUUUAUGUUUUGAUAAAACAAUUUCAACAAAUGGUAAAAGUAAUGAAGAAAAAAAUAAAAGUUUUCGUUAUGCUGUGUUAAAUUUAGCUAUACUUAAAUUUCAUUUUAAUCAUAAGAAAGAAGCAUUGGCGGCUCUUAAAGAGUGUAUAAGGAGUGCUCAAGAAGCCAAUGAUAACGUUUGUCUUCAAUAUGCUUUGUCUUGGCUGUGCAGCGUUUCCCAAUCAAAUAAAGAUAAAUUAAUUGAACACUCAAUUUUAAAAAGUUUAGAAAUUAAUUUAUCGUAUAUCAUGUCUUUGGGAAUUUUAUCUUUUGGUCAAUUUGGAGGGAUAACUUGUGGAAAUCCAAAACAAAUAUUUGAGACAAUAACAAGAAGUGAUGUAUUAAAUUGUCAAUAUGGUCACCGCGAUUUAAUUUCACACAGUUUUUCACAAAAAUCAGCUUUAUGGCAGUUUUACGGGAAAGUAAAUAUGUCAUCAUUAUGGUCACAACUUCUACUAAAUUUUAGUACAACAGAUAAUUCAUUAACAAGGAAUCAUUACGACGAAGGUUUUUGUGAAGCCUUAUGCAAUGUAGCGAAUAGUGUUUAUUUAGAAAGUAAUUAUGAUUCAGCAAAUGCCAUAUUUUCAUUUACAAAACAAAGAUUUCCCAAUGAACCGUCUUCACAUAACUGGAUGUUAUCUGAAAAUAUUUUCCAGUUUACUUAUCUUUUAUAUAAACAAAACUAUAUCGAAGCUGAAAUUAUAGCUGAAAAAAUCGCUUGUAUAAAUAAAUGGGAUGCUUGUUUACGAAUCGCCGAAUUAUUAAUUCAUCAAGAAGAUUAUAGUCGAGCACAUUAUUGUGUUAAUAAAGUAUUAGUAAUAUGUCAAGAAUUUAAGAGAGUUGUGAGAAUGGAUAUACAAGUUCGAGCUAUGAUUUUAUUAAUAGAAAUCCAAUCAGCGAUUAGUUUUCCAAGUUCAGUACCGUAUGGAAUUUUAACACUUCUAAACUCAACUUUAGCGUAUUGUAAAGAUUAUUAUUUGGAUUAUUACACUUCAUUAGUUCAAGUACACAUAGCGAAUGUACAAUUGUUAUUAGGAAUGCCAGGGGAGGCUUUAAACGUUUUAAGUCAUUGUGUACCACAAAUAUUAUCACAUGGGAAUGUUUAUAAUCGGGCACAAGCUUUAAUGGUGUACGUAAAAUGUGUUGUGGCUGAAAGUUAUUGUAAAAGUGAAAUGGAAAGAAACGCAAUUAUUUUAAGGGCUGCGAAAAUGUUGAAUGGUGUUAACAGGGAUUUUCAAAAAUUGGAGGUUUAUUAUGGUGUUAAAGAUGUUUUGUAUUUGCAGGCUUGUUUGUAUAAUGAAAUAUAUGAAUUUAAUGAAAGAAAUAAUUGUGCUUUGAAGUAUAAGAUUUUAGAUGAAGAUUGUCCUAAAACGAAUUACAUGACAUUAGUUACUUUUAUGUAAACUUAAUGGUUUUAUGUAAGAUAAUGUUUUUAAAAUUCAAAAUAUAAAUAAUAUAUUAUUUAAUAAGUU